ACAGGGUAGUCUUCAUUUGUGCCAUCUGUAGUGCUCGGGAUUGACGCAUAAGUCUAAAUCUCUAAUUUUUUUCUCUUUUUAUCUGAAUUUUCCAUUUCUGUAUUAUUUUGAAUAUGUUUGAGGCACGUUUAGUACAAGGAGCCCUCCUCAAAAAAGUUUUAGAAGCAAUUAAAGAUUUAAUUAAUGAAGCAACAUGGGAUUGUGCUGCUACUGGAAUAAGCUUACAGGCUAUGGACAAUUCUCAUGUAAGCUUAGUUUCUUUAACUUUAAGAAGUGAUGGAUUUGAUAAAUUUCGAUGUGACAGAAAUCUGUCAUUGGGCAUGAAUCUUGGCAGCAUGGGCAAGAUUCUGAAAUGUGCAGCAAAUGAUGAUAUAAUUACUAUCAAAGCACAGGAUGAUGCUGAUACAGUUACAUUUGUUUUUGAGGCUCCUAAUCAAGAAAAAGUUUCUGACUAUGAAAUGAAACUCAUGAAUUUAGAUACUGAGCAUUUGGGUAUUCCAGAAACAGAUUACAGUGUGAUAGUUAAAAUGCCAGCUAGUGAGUUUCAAAGAAUCUGCAGAGAUUUAAGUCAAAUUGGCGAUUCUGUAUCAAUCACUUGUACCAAGGAUGGUGUUAAAUUCUCUUCUAGUGGUGAUCUGGGAACAGGUAAUAUUAAGCUGUCUCAGACUGCUAAUGUUGACAAAGAGGAAGAAGCUGUGAUAAUUGAAAUGCAAGAGCCAGUCUCUUUGAACUUUGCUUUGCGUUAUCUUAACUCCUUCACCAAAGCCACUCCACUUGCAGCACAAGUACAACUUUCUUUGUCUCCUGAUGUACCUCUUGUUGUCGAAUAUAAAAUUGAAGAAAUUGGGUACAUCAGAUACUACUUGGCUCCCAAAAUUGAAGAUGCAGAAGAAUAAGCAAUUCAUUGAACAAUACAAUGCUAAUGCAAUUAUCAAAAUGUAUCGCAUUUCCUGAAAUAUUUCAUCUUUCAUUGUUUUAAUCUCUUGGUGUAAACAGUUCAUAUAAUGCACAUAAUUCAUAGCACUGAUUUUUUUUUUUUUAAUAGUUUUGGUAAUAAAGUUUUAAACAAGCUUUCA